AUGUCUCCUGCCCAUGCCAUACAUCAGGCUGCAAGAUUUGCCAGCUGGUCAGCACGAUCUGCAGGCAAGACAGGAACUGGUGUUUGCAGGUACAGGUGCACAGAGGGCUCCCCACUCAAAUCAGCAUCAGCUGUUUGCCAAAUAGGGUGUCGAAUAUUAAGUUAGAGGCAUUCAUUGUUAUAAAUCUGAGGAUCCAAUGUAACCUGCAUCCAUCCAGCUUGACGGUCAGGCCUCACCCCCUGGGGGAGACUUUGAUCACUGGAGACCCUGGGACAGAGGCAUGGGCGUAGGAACCCCCCAAAAUCUGGGGGGGAUAGCAUUUUUACUCGCCGGGUAUAUUCUUGUUCCGUAAACUAGGAGUUGUUUAUCCCAUUGUACGGAAUUUGCUGGCGCUAUAUAAAUGAUAAAGGGAAGGGGUUUUAUUUACCUGGAUACAGCGCCGGGAUCCUCCUGAUGCCGCGCCCCCUAUUUCGUCAAAAUGACGAAAUAGGAGGGUGCGAGCAGGGAGCAAUAAAACGCUUCUAUUCAGAAGCGUCAUUGCUCUCUGGUGCGCAUGCGCAGCUUUGCCGUGCAUGCGCAGAUACUUCAUAGGGCAGCAUUCAUGUCUCGACUAGGAAGCACCUCUAGUGGCCAUCUGAGUGUCCACUAGAGGUAUUCCUCAGCAGUAAUGUAAAUACUGCCUUUUUACGAAGACAUGCUAUAGACACCAGAACUACUACGUUUAGCUGUUGUGGUUCUGGUGACUAUAGUGUCCCUUGAAUAUAGAGGGGUAAAAAGAAUCAUCACAAAUGUAAGAAAUAAAAUGUCUGUAUCAUUAUUCUAAAAAUUAUUUUAAAAAAAUAUGCACAUUCCUAGCUUAAUUUUUAGCACGACAUAUGACACAAACAUUUUGUACUUUGCAGAUUACUUUUUAUAUUUUUUUAUACAUAUACAGAUUGUGUAAUACUGCCCCUGACUUAGGGUGACCACAUUUCCUAACUGCCAUUCAGUAACACUUUCAGAAAUGCAUUCCAUACAUUUUACUACCUGUCUCUACCCCUUCCAUUUAUAUUAGAACCCCACCUACCCCUUCCAUGAAUAUUAGAACCACCCCUACCCCUCCUAUAAAUAUUAGAACCACCCCUACCCCUUCCAUGCACAUAAGAACCCCACAUACCCCUUCCAUGCAUAUUAACCCCCCCACCCCUUCCAUGCAUAUUAGUAGCCCCCUAACCCCUUCCAUUCAUAUUAGUACUCGCCUAACCCCUUCCAAUUAUUUUUCUACCUCCCCCCUCCUCCCAUCCAUAUUAAUAGCCCCCCUAAACCCUUCCAAUUAUUUUUCUACCUACCCCUCUCCUCCUAUCCUUAUUAGUAGCCCCCCUAACCCUUUCCAUUUAUUUUUCUACCUAACCCUCUCCCCCUUCCAAUUAUUUUUCUAUCUACCCAUCCCCAUCCAUAUUAGUAGCCCCCCUAAACCCUUCCAAUUAUUUUUCUACCUACCCCACCCCCUAUCCAUAUUAGUAGCCCCCCUAAACCCUUCCAAUUAUUUUUCUACCUACCCCUCUCCCCUAUCCUUAUUAGUAGCCCCCCUUACCCUUUACAAUUAUUUUUCUACCUACCCCUCCCCCAUCCAUAUUAGUAGCCCCCCUAAACCCUUCCAAUUAUUUUUCUACAUUUGUCCCCCCUUUUACCUGACAUAGCAGCUGGACGUCCGGCGGGCGCAGUGUCAGACUGAGCGCCGGGUAGUCACGUGACACCCGGCACUCCUGCGCGGAGGGAGAGGUGCUCCCCUUCCCAGUCUGCAGUGCGUGCGGUUCCCUGAUGGAGCCGCACGCAGCCCGAGGGCACCCUCGGCCGGCGGGGCUGGGGGGAUUUCUCCAUAACCUGUCCCCCCCGCAGGAUUUGCUGGGGGGGAUGAGUCCCCUCCAUCACCCCCCCGGUUCCUACGCCCAUGGACAGAGGGCAAAGUAGAAAUAUUGUAAGUAGAAAUUAUUGAGCCUGUUAAGUGAGACCUUCAUGUCUCAUUCAAAGCUCCAAUUAGAGUAAAUAGGCACCUAUGCAACAAUGCGAAAUGUCAAAUUUGGGUUGCUGAGGGUAGUAUGGUAUGCAUAAAAAGGGUUAUUCAUUGACUGGACAAAAACAUCUUGCCCUUUUUAAAUGAAUAUUAAGGCCCUUCCUUGAUUACGCAGAGCAAGUUUGGACACCUGUUUUCAAGAAGGAUGUUUCAGAACUAAAAAUAGUGCAAAUGCGGGCUAGAAAAUGAAUCAAGAAAAUUAAAUAAUUUAGUUGUGAAGAAAAGCUAAAACCCGUGUUUACUUUAGCAGCUCAGAGGGAAUAUUCUAACAAUGUACAAAUAUGGAAAGGGCCAGUAAUAUCAUCUCUCUGCUAAUCUGUUCAAUAAUAGGACGGAACAAAGAAAAGAUAUGAAAUUCUCUGCAUUAGAAGUUUGGUUGUCUGUAAAGAUUUAAACCUCUGGGUGUUUUUUUGCUAAAAUAUUGUAACAAGGGGUUAUCCCGGUUCCCACUGCAGGGUGCCGACAUCACGCUGAACGACCCCACCAAGAUUGCCCAGCAGUCGGAUUCCCGCUCCUGAAACGCAAAAUGGCGGCCUCGCAGCCCAUCCUGCGUACAGCAUAGAAGGCGGCUGUCAAGAGGGGCCACAGGCUGAGGCGACUGCAGACCAUGGCCCCCACCCCUGGAAGCCGGCCAUACCAGCAAACUGCAACACAACCUUUGGCUCCAGUAAGUCCCACAAGCUCACCCGGUUCUCACAACUACCUUCCUGGGCUAUGAGCCCUCAGACGACAAUCCUUGAACCACGGCCCUACUCCCGGACAUAACACCUUGCCGGGCCUACGCUGCUGACCUAAGGUUGUAGGCUGAAGUAAGGCCUGGGGCAGGCGGUGUAGACUUACCAUCAUUUCAGGACUCGGCUGGGACAACACUUCGGCUGGAGGUGGGAACUGACCGGGUCACGAGGAAGCAGCAGGCUUGCAUGCUAGCAAUAACCGGCGGUCUGGUGGAACUGAGCCCGGGGGUGGUGUGGAUUCCCCUAAGAGCCUCCAGUGGUCCACACAGCAUUGAUUCCCCCUUGUUACUUAAUCUUUUUUUAAAAAAUCUUUUUAUUUAUCUCCUAUUUGGCUUAUCAACUACAAGUCACUGCGUAAUGUCUUGAUGGGCAUGUUUAACGCAAUAGCACUAUAUCUCUCCAGCAUGUCUGCUUUACUUACCUAUAAGCCUGUUCUAGUAUCUUAUAAGGCAGUCACAGUUACUGCUUUACCUGCCUAUUUGCCAGUUCUAUUACUUUCACAACCUGUUACAAUAAUGUAUUGUCAGUUAGUGCCCCUUGUCUUAUUCAUGGCUGCUGACAUGCCUAUUGUUUUAACUCUUCUCUGACUAGCCUGACUUUUCGCCUGAUUACUACUAACACAUAACAUGAAGCAGUCACUCAUGAGAGAAUGUAAUGAUGUUAUUAUUUACGGUAUAUGUGUCCAUUUUUGCUAAUUAUUUAUCUCUUUUUCUUCCUUUCUGUAAAGUGCUCACAUUGCUUCAAUAAAACAAAGAUUGACAAAAAUAAAAUAUAUUGUAACAGGAUAAUCAAGGAAAUCAUAGUUAAUAUGUGGGAUGACAGCUUGCAGGUCCAAGUGUAAAUCUGAUGCUAUUUUUGGGUUAAGUAGCAUUUUUUCAAAAUCUCUGGUACAAUUGGAAAUAAUUUUUCCCUCUUUGUUGCAUCAACAGCAUUUAUUCACAUAUAUGAAAAGCUGGGCCUGAGAGGCUGGAGUCUCUUAACAGCCUAGAGUAGAAUAUUAUGUAACUAUGUCAUAUCUAUCUAUGUCUCUCUCUGUCUCUACUUCUCACAGUCUCUGUCUGUUCAUCUAAUCUAUCUAUCUGUCUGUCUAUUUAUCUGUCUAUACAGUAUCUAUCUAUCUAUCUAUCUAUCUAUCUAUCAGUCAUUCCUCUGUCUGUCUGUCUGUCCAUCUAUCUAUCUAUUUGUCUAUCUAUCUAUCUAUCUAUCUAUCAUUCCUCUGUCUGUCUGUCCAUCUUUCUAUUUAUUUAUCUAUCUAUCUAUCUAUCUAUCUAUCUAUCUAUCUAUUUAUCAUUCCCCUCUCUCUCUCUAUCAUUCCUCUGUCUGUCUGUCUGUCUGUCCAUCUAUCUAUCUGUCUGUCUGUCUGUCUGUCUGUCUAUCUAUCUAUCUAUCUAUCUAUCUAUCUAUCUAUCUAUCUAUCAUUCCCCUGUCUGUCUGUCCAUCUAUCUAUUUAUUUGUCUAUCUAUCAUUCCUCUCUCUCUCUCUCUCUCUCUCUAUCUAUCAUUCCUCUAUCUGUCUGUCUGUCUGUCUGUCUGUCUAUCUCUAAGAUAAAAUGAGCAGGUUCAGUUCUAUUAUCCUUCCUCUCCCAUCCAUCCCUCCUCUUUCUCUGUCUUUCUGUGUCUGUGUGUCUCUCCAUCUCCCUCCCACCUGGCUGUGUGUGCUGGGAGUUACAGAGAAGCAGAGAGGAUGCUGUAUGUGGAAAGCCCCCCUCUCCCUCCAUCCAGUUAUUUGCAGCUAGAAAUCUCCUCCUUCACUGCAAAUAUCUGAUAUUUCUCCCUUACAGGAGGAGGAGAGCUCUGCUCCAUUCACCUUACAAGAAAGCAGGAAACGGAAUUCUGUCCCCUGUCUCUCCUCCUGUCAUUUCUCUGGAACUCGCGCCCCCCCACCCCGCUCCCCCAUUCCAGACACAAUACAAAUAGGAGAAGUCACAUCAUCUGCAAUCAGCAUCCCCAGCUUGAGCCUGAGCAGGAGACUGGGAGCUGCAGGCACAUCAUUCAAGGUAUUGCCCUGGCUGGCAUUGGGUGUCUGUGUGUGUGUGUGUCUGUGUGUGUGUCUGUGUCAGCCAUUCACAAUGUAACAAUCUGACAGUCUGCAUUGGGAGCUCACACAUCAUUCAAGGUAUUGUCCUGGCUGGUAUUGGGUGUGUGUGUCUGUGUGUGUCAGUGUCAGCCAUUCACAAUGUAACAAUGUGACAGUCUGCAUGAGGAGCUGACACAUCAUUCAAGGUAUUGUCCUGCCUGCUAUUGUGUGUGUGUGUCAGUGUCAGCCAUUCACAAUGUAACAAUGUGACAGUCUGCAUUGGAGCUCACACAUCAUUCAAGGUAUUGUCCUGGCUGGUAUUGUGUGUGUGUGUCUGUGUGUGUGUGUCAGUGUCAGCCAUUCACAAUGUAACAAUGUGACAGUCUGCAUGAGGAGCUGACACAUCAUUCAAGGUAUUGUCCUGGCUGGUAUUGUGUGUGUGUGUGUCUGUGUGUGUGUGUGUCAGUGUCAGCCAUUCACAAUGUAACAAUGUGACAGUCUGCAUGAGGAGCUGACACAUCAUUCAAGGUAUUGUCCUGGCUGGUAUUGGGUGUCUGUGUGUGUGUGUGUGUGUGUGUGUGUGUGUGUGUGUGUCAGUGUCAGCCAUUCACAAUGUAACAAUGUGACAGUCUGCAUGAGGAGCUGACACAUCAUUCAAGGUAUUGUCCUGCCUGGUAUUGUGUGUCUCUGUGUGUGUAUGAGUGUGUCAGCCAUAAACAAUGUACAAUGUGACAGUUUACACUGGGAGCUGCAGGCACCUCCUUUGAGGUAUUGUCCUGCCUGGUAUUGUGUGUCUGUGUGUGUAUGAGUGUGUCAGCCAUAAACAAUGUACAAUGUGACAGUCUGCACUGGGAGCUGCAGGCACCUCAUUGGAGGUAUUGUCCUGCCUGGUAUUGUGUGUCUGUGUGUCUCUGUUUGUGUGUGUGUGUGUGUGUCAGCCAGAAACAAUGUACAAUGUGACAGUCUGCACUGGGAGCUGCAGGCACCUCAGUGGAGGUAUUGUCCUGCCUGGUAUUGUGUGUCUGUGUUUCUCUGUUUGUGUGUGUGUGUGUGUGUGUGUGUCAGCCAGAAACAAUGUACAAUGUGACAGUCUGCACUGGGAGCUGACAUCUUGUGAUGACUGAGAGCAUAUAGAGGGAGGCUGCCUUGUAUUGCUGGGAGUUACAUACAUUGCUGGGAGAUAUUAAAUGGCAUGCAUAGAUAUGGCUGUGAUUUGUGUGCAAUCUCUUUAUUCAAAUAAUAUUUACGUUUUCAUUAUAAUUAAACAAUAUAACAAUUUAUAAUAAUUCUAUGUAUAUCUAUCACAUGUAUUUAUUCAUGGGUAAAUGUGUGCCCUUUGUUUAGAUAAUCUAUUUUUAUUUUUAAUGUUGAUGUGUCCAUAUUUUAUCAGAUGUUUUAUUUUCAUGUGUGCGAAUAGUUAUGCGGUGAUAAUAAUAAUAAUAAUAAGGUUUGUUUAUUCUGUAUAUAUGACUUGCCUUCUCAUGUCAGAACAAAGCAGCUGUUCAGAGCAAACACUUUCUCAACAUAAAGUGUGGUCAUUUUCUGUAAUUAAAGCCCCUCAGCGCUUUGAUCUGAUUUGGAGAUAUAUUUUUUUUUCUGUGUUUCUGGGACAGACAUUGAGAAAAGGGGGCAUUGCCGCGAUGAACCUGAACCCCCUUUUUACCCCCAUAUCAUGUUAAAACAAGAAUGAAACAUUGUACCCCUUCCCCGCCUGGCUGUUGGGGAGGAUAUUAGCACAAUGGGCAGAUAGAUCUGUUCCCUUGUGGCAGAGAUCUCCUUUUGCUAUGUUUAUGGAGAGAGCACAGGGAUGCAAUGUUAUACCCCAGUCACCUGUCAGGAGGGAUAAAGGGGCCCAGGGGGAACACAGAAAGGGCCCUCCGGGUAGGAGAAAUGUAUGGAAAGUAUUUCUGCCAUGUAGCCUGAUUUUGGAGUUCUCAGGCUGGUGUGGUGUGCCAGCAAUAGGCCCAAGAAUUAAUCCUUAUUUACAUCACUCUAACUCUUAGGUCAUUUUUUUCAAUGUCUGUCCAUUAUUCUGAUCCUCUCUGUUGCCUCCUUAUUCUUAUAAGGUCCUCGUGUUGGCAGUAUUCCAUUUCUGUCUCCCCAUUUAUUAACAUCUAUCCAAUUUGCAAUCCCCCCCUCGACCAUAAAUACGUAUAUCUCAAAUACUACACAUACAUAUGUACACACCUCACACAGCUCCUACAUACAGCAGGCAUAAAUAUCUCACUCAAAUUAAACAUCUAUCAGGGUCCUAUACAUUGCUGUAAUUUCAUCUGGCAACCACAGCUAGUUUCAGGGGUACACACAGUCAGAUGCCAGGGUAAUAGACAGCAAAUUACGAACUUCUAGUUAGGCCGAGAUUGUCACUGCGUCUUACUCUCCACAUAAAUUCACACAUCUCACAAACACAGUUCCCAGAAUCUCACACAUAUAGCAUACACCCAAAACACAUCACAAGCAUACACAAAACACACAUCAUAUGCAUACAGCAUACGUACAACUGACAUCACACACAUACAGAAAACACACAUCACACACCACACACAUACAGCAUGCACACAACAUACCUCACACACAUACAGCAUACACACAACCGACAUCACAUACAGCAUACAAACAACACACCAUGCACACAUACAGCAUACACACAACACACCUCACACACAUGCAGCAUACACACAACCCACAUCACAUACAGCAUACACACAACAUACCUCACACAUAUACACCAUACACACAACCAACAUCACAUACAGCAUACACACCUCACACACAUACAGCAUACACACAACAUACCUCACACAAAUACAGAAUACACACAACACAGCUCACACACACAUAUAGCAUACACACAACAUACCUCACACACAUACACCACACACACAAUCCACAUCACAUACAGCAAACACACCACACACCUCACACACACACACACACACACAACGUACCCCACACACAUACAGCAUACACACAACACACCUAACACAAAAAACACAUACAGCAUUCACACAACACACAUCACACAAACACAACAUACAUGGAAAAGACAUCACCUCAUGUAGCUUGCACACAAAACACAUCACAGACAUGCAGCAUACACACAGUUUUAUAGUAAUAUAUAGCUUCUGAAGUCUAGGUGAACAUUAGUUUUAUCCAGCUGGGACAGAUAAUUAUUAGACUGUAAACCCUAUAGAAUGUAAGCUCAUUUGUUCAGAACCUUGUUCACCUAUUGUUCCAGAAUGUCAAUCAUGUUUUCUCAGAAUUAAAUGUUUGUCUUGUUUACCUACUGUACAGCGCUGCAUAAUAUGCUGGCGCUAUAUUAUUAAUUGUAAUUAGAUGUGUGUCUGAAUCUGCUCAGCUCUAGACAGGAUUCACAGGAUUUCUGGGUAAGUUUACAAUAUUACACAUCUCUUAGGUAACAAGUAGAUAUAAGAACAAUAUAGUAAAACUGUAGAACUCAUUGUUAUGAAUAUAUAUAUAAAAAAAAGAUUUGUAAUUGACAGCUUAACGAGCAUUUGUUCCCCACCCCCGGUAAGGAUCAAUAUACCAAAGGUACUUAUAACUAUUAGCUUUAGAGCCUGUCUUACACAUUCGCAACAUAUGUUAUAGCAGAUGGGAUAAGGGAAUGCUGAAAAUGCAAUAAAAAAAAAUAAAAAAAAUACAUAUACAUAAAUGAUAAACAUAUAUCUAUAUAUACAUAGACACACUUGAUUAUAAUGUAUAAAAUCCAUUUUAUACAUCUUUGAUCAAUGUAAAAUAAAUAAUUGAUCAAGCCUCGCUGAUUUUAUGGCCCUUUGUGUAUUUGGAGCAGAAGCCAUGCUCUAGGGCAGACGGAAGGGGAGAUUCCGUGGGUCUCUGAGGAAUACGGAGGUGGCAGAUUGUUCUGCUCUAAUUAUCAUUUAGGAUAUAAUUUGGUAAAAUAAUCCGUCAAGCACAAGUGGGGAUUGUGGGUAAAAGCAUUAUCAUAAAUAAACUAGCGAUUACAGUGAAAACGAUAUACUUUCGUUCCAAUAACAUUUAUGUGCAACAAACUACCUACAGAUAUAUCAUUGGGGGAAUAUCAGAUAAAGUUUUAUUUUUAAUGUGUAUAUUUUGGGGUUAAAUUAAUCAUUAUCAUUAUUUGAUAAUAGAUAGACAGACAUGAUAUACAUAACAGAUACAUAAUAGGAUACAUCAUAAUUGUACAGCGCUAUGGAAUUUGCUGGCGCUAAAUUAAUAAUAAAUUAAUAAUAAUGUUAAUAUAUAAUGAAUGAACUUAUUAAUGAAAGAAUGAAUGCAAAUUUAUAUUGUUAUUAUUGUAUCUUUCCAGGAAGCCAUAAAAAAAAGCAUUACAUUGAAAGCACACAUUUUAUUUACAAAAAGUAUGGAUCACAUGUUGGGCAGCCUAAUCCGCAGCUGGCACCUUUAAAAAAAAUAUAUAGUUCAAAGCUCGAUUUCAAACAGCACUGCCCUAAAUUCUGAAUUUUCCGUAGAUCUUCAUAAAGUAAAUGGGAAACUCAAUGUAUAAACUUAGCAUAAUAUUCUCAUUAAGUAAGUAAUAAUUAAAUACAGUAGAUUUUCACAAAUUUUAUUUAAUAAUAGUAUUGUUAAAUCAGUUUUGAAAAUGAAGGCAAAAUGAUAUUGUGCUGUACCGGGUCGUACACAUGCCCUUUCCCCUUAUUAUUCCUUCUCUUCCUUUUUAAAAAUAAACAUUUCAAUGCAGAACACACCAUCCAAUUUGAGAAAGCGUGUUUGAGAAAAUGUUUUGAUAAAUUACAAGAAUUUAAAAAAAAAAACACAAAAAGCUGUUUAUUCACAAGAAGAUAAUGAACAAAAACAUAACCAUAUAGAUUAAGUAUAUACAAUAUUAAAAAAACCACAAAAUCAGAGACAAAACUGCAUAUAACUAAAUAGCUCAAAAAGAAAGGGGAGGUGAGUGAGCAAAACUCAAAAUUCAAAACGUACUUUUUAAUAAACUUUUUAUUUUAUUUUAAAUGGAACCAGUCAGUUUAUUAUUAUUAUAAUUAUUAAACCCGAUCUAACUCCAACUUACAAUCUAUCAGUCCUUUUCACCAUUGGCGUUUUUGGUGUACCACAUUUACAGAAAACCAUUAUUUAAUUCACUCAUCUCACUAGGUUUGCAUUGGGUAGAUGGUUUUCCUACAUUUUACCAUAAUCAGUUUAUUUAGAAUAUAUUAGCAUUCAAAACUAGUUAUGGUUGGUAAUAAUCAGAUUGGUGUUCUCUUUUCAAUGUAGGAUGCACCAGCCUUUCAAAGAAGAAUUCAGCUAUGGAUCAAGCUACCUCGAGAACUCCAUCCAAGAGCACAGAGGAGACAAGCUACAGAUAAGGAUGUUCUGUGGGUCAUGCGAUUCAGAUUCAGAUAUGCUACAGAACUUAAAUAUUUAUAGAAAAAGUGGAGUGUUUACAGAUGUUAUUCUUCAUAUUGAUGGACAUGACUUUCCCUGUCACAGGGUCAUCCUGUCAGCCAACAGCUCCUAUUUCAGAGCCAUGUUUGGUGGCAGUCACAAAGAGAGCAGUCUAAAUGUUGUGCCUGUCCAGAAGAUCUCAGCUUCUAUCAUGAGUCUUCUCUUGGACUACAUGUAUGGUGGGAGCCUUACAAUAGAAGAAGACAAUGUGGAGGGAAUCUUGCAAGCUUCAGACAUGCUACACAUCUACAGAUUAAGAGACGCUUGUGUAAAAUUUCUAGAGAACCAACUACAUCCUUGUAACUGUGUUGGUAUCAUGAAGUUUGCAGACUCAUUUUCCAUUGCUUCAUUGUCCGAGAAAAGCAAGAAGCUCAUGUUAGAAGGUUUCUCAGAGGUGUCUUGCCACGAGGAGUUCUUGGAGUUAAAUCAAGAGGAGCUUAUUGAGUAUUUGACUAACGAGCAGUUGGUGGUGACUAAAGAGGAAGUUGUGUUUGAAGCAGUCAUGCGAUGGGUUAAUAGGAACAGAAGUGGAAGAAAAAAGGCCUUGAAAAGUCUAUUAGAACAUGUGAAAUUACCUUUGCUGAAUCCAGUUUAUUUUAUGGAGAAAGUUGAAACAGACAAGACAAUCCAAGAAUCUGUAGAUUGUUUCCCAUUACUGUACGAGGCUCGAAUGCACUAUAUUCUAGGGAAUGUAGUAAAUUCACCCAGAACGAGGCCAAGAAGGUAAUACAAAUUAUUUUAAAAUGAAUAAUUUAAGAUUUCCAGAUUUUAGUUGAUAAUUCAAUUGGGGUUUCACCAAAAUCAGGAACCUGGAACAUUUUUGUAACAUCUGACAGUUUCAAAGUUACUUUUAUUCAAAAUAUCAAAAAACAGCUGUUUCAAAAAUGAACUCUCUUGAUCUCUACCAGAGUCAAACAUUUUGAACAGAGAUGAGCGCAGACAUUAUAGUUACAGAUUUCCCACCAAACUAAUGUAAAACACCUGGGUUUUUAUGAGUUUUGCAACCAUGCAGGUUGUAAACUCCAAAAGCCCUUCCGAGUUAAUCUUCUGGGACAGAGAUAGAACAUGUAUUAUAUAUAUUAUCAAAAACAGGAAGGUGUACAAUACACCAACCAGAGAAGUGGAGCGUGUAAGGUGUACUAUAGGAUACACCUACCCUUUCUUGGGACAUAGGGAUUAAGCUGUAAAAUGGAGAAAAAAAAAGGGACUAAUAGUGUAAUAACGUCUGGAGUAUAAGUGGACUGUAGGUGUCCAAUGGUCCAACUCACAUGGGAAUGAGCCUUCCAGGACAGGCUCAGAUCGUACAGGCAGAAGUGUACUAGGUGACACAAUCCCCUCUUCUGUCUGCUCAAAUAUGGUAUAUGAAAUGAAAAAGAAGUGAGGAAACCAGUAGACUUCUGGUGUAGUAUGUAAGGUAUGAUAAAACAGAUACACAAUAAAAAGAUCUUGCUCACCUUUUCCAGAGCCCUUUUUGAAUGCUCUCACCUGUGGGGUGUAAUCAUAGACGUGAGCAGCCUAUUGCAUUAGGGUGUGCACCCUAAAGCACAAACACACACGCUGCGUGUAUAUGUAUGUGUAUAUAUAUAUUUAUACACACACAUAUACAUACAUACACUGCUGUGUGUGUGAGGGUGCCGUUAUUGUGCUGUGUGUGUGAGGGUGCCGUUAUUGUGCUGUGUGAGGGUGUGUGUGUGUGAGAGCACUGGUAGUGUGCUGUGAGAGUGCUGUGUGUGUGAGAGAGUGUUGUGUGUAUGUGUCUGAGGGUGCUGUGUGUGUGUGUGAGGGUGAUGUGUGUGUGUGAGGGUGAUGUGUGUGUGUGAGGGUGAUGUGUAUGUAAGGGUGCUGUUAGUGUGCUGUGUGUGUGUGAGAGAGAGAGGAUGCUGUGUGUGUGCUGUUAGUGUGCUGUGUGUGUGAGGGUGCUGUGCAUGUGUGUGUGUGUGUGUGUGAGGGUGUUGUGUGUAUGAAUUUGUUUAGAGUGAUUGUGUGUGUGGGGGACAGAUUAGGAAAGGUAAGAAAGAUCCCCCCCUCCAGUCUUACCUUUUCCCUGGGAGGGGGGAUCCUUGCUGCCAGCUCUAAUCCCUGGUGGUCUUAGUGGUGAGAGUGAACUGCAGGGCUAGAGUUCAUUCCCGUGAGAUCUGAGCGUUGCAGCGACAACACUCUGACCUCAUGAGAGGAACCCGGCGUAGCUGCUGGCUAGAGCUCGACGGGUCCUCUCCUGCCUCUUUGAUCUCCCCACCGCCCAUGGAGGCACACAGCAGGGCGAACGCUGGCUUUGCAUGGACCGACAGGGAUGAUCCUGUGAUCCGGCCUCGAUCCAUGCGCAGGUCGCUGGGUUUAGGGUGUGCCAGGGCACACCCCGUGCACUUGCCCAUGGGUGUAAUAGGGAGAUAUCCACCUGAGUGUAUUUUUAUAACUGUACCUAAGUGCCUAUAUAUUCACAGAGCACUUUGUGUUUUUUCUGGAUUAUUAUAUAUAUUAUGCCAAUUUUGUGGCCAUAUUUAUGCAGUCCUUCUGGUUGGGUAAGCAACGCUGUGCUUUAUGUAUAAAUAUGUUAAUUGAUAUUUAAUUCCUCUUUGCCCUAGUGCAAUCUUUUCAUUAAAAAUAUCACUGAAUGUCUGAAUUCAAUUAGAAUUACCUCUCGAAGCGACUACAAGGAUUUUACCUGCCACAGGCAAACAUCUCUCAACCUCCUCUCCUUUCAUUCCAUCUUUUUGGCCUUUCUAGAUUCUCAUGAUGCCAACCUUUUCCUUCAUUCUUCAAGUCCUGCUUUUUGUGAUUUUCUGCACUCUGAACAUUUUGUUUCUUGCUAAUUCUCUGCCAAUGUGGGGAUUGUGCAUGCAUGUGUUUUGAAAGUUGUGUUUGGAAGCCGCUGCUUUUAGUGUAGUGUGUAUAGGGAGGUUGUGUGUGUAUGUAGAUGAUGUUUGCCUGUGUAUGUUGGAAAUACUGUGUGUGUAUACAUGUGUACAUGGGAAAAGCUGUGUGUAUGUGUGUGUCAGAGAGACUGUUUGUUAGACAGAGGCUGUGUGUCCAUAUGUGUAUGUUGUAUGUAUGGGAAAACUAUGUGUGUUGUAGAAAAGGUAGUGUGUUUAUCCUUCGGAGAAGCAUUGUGUAUGUAAGUGGAGUGGCUAUGUGUGUGUGUCAAUAAAAGAGAGGUUGUGCCCGUAGGGAGAAGCUGUGCGUAUAUAUGAGAGAGACUGUGUGUGUAUGAGAAAGAGGCUGUGUGUGUGUGUGUGUCUGUAUGCGAGAGAGGCUGUGCAUAUGUGUGUGUGUAAGAGAGGCUGUGUAUGUGUGGAGAGGCUGUGUGUGUGUGUUUGUGUGUAUAAGAGAGAAGGGCUGUGUGUGUCAAUAAGAGAGAGUCUGUGUACGUAGGGAGAAGCUGUGUGUAUAUAUGAGAGAGACUGUCUGUAUAAGAGAUAGAGGCUGUGUAUAUGUGGAGAGGCUGUGUGUGUGUGUGUGUGUGUGUAUGAGAAAGAGCUUGUGUGUGUGUACAUGGCUGACUGAUAGACGGAGCAGAGUUGUGACAUUGCGUGACAUCAUGUCAUAUUUCUGCAUUUUGUAUCAAUCAGGCACACUCAUGUAAAGUUUGUAAAUCUGGUAAAUUCACCAGAUCAAGACACGGGACCAUCGGAAAUGAUAGGCAGCCUGUGAACCAUGUCACAUGACACAAGGGCUGCCUAGAAAUAGAUAUAGUAACAUGCGCUCCCAGCUCCUGGGGAUGUAAAUCACAGAGGGAUUAUUGGGGGGAUGUGGAAAGAUAAAUGAGGGGAGGCAGUAUAAUUGGCGCGGGAUGUGGAGGAGUGUGAUGGCUUUGUGUAGGCCAGUAGAUGGGGAUAGAGUAUACAACAGAAUUUGUACAUGCACAACAUCUUACACAAACAGAUAAAUAUACACACACACACACACACACACACACACAAACAUACAUUUGCAUAGACAUUGCACACUAUACACUAAAGUAUAAAUUGUCAACAAUUCAAAAUAAAUUCAAAGUAAAUUUAAAAAUGGAGAACAAAAUAUCCAAAGUGCCAAUUAAAAAUGACACGUCAGCUAUGUUUGGAUAUGUCGCCCGAGAUUUGAAAAUGUGUUUGAAUCGUAGAAGGAGGGUUGUAUUAUGACAAUAAAUGAUGAAACAUAAAUAAUGAGGUAAAACGAGGCAGAUACAGGACAAACCUGGGAAAGGAAGUAUUAAUUAUGCCAGAGUUUCAAACUGUUUGUAUAAAGUUUAGUUAUUAAAAAUCAGCAGGGUUUAUUACUAAACAACAAACAGCAGGGAACUGAAAUUCAGACUAAUAUAACCGAGCUGUGACGGAAGUUGGAGAGUUUUAUUUGGCUAGAUGCUACGAUUUAUUUUUCAGUUCACCCCAACUAUUAAUCUAUUAAUAAAAAUAAAUAAAUAAACCUAUUAGUCUUUAAUAAUCUGUUUCAAUUCAAGUCAGUCGUUCUCAGUCUUUUUGAGUCUGUCUCUCACUGAGAAAUCUGGCGUGUGUGUAUGCAUGUGUGUGUGUUUGUGCAUGUGUGUGUAUGUGUUUGUGCAUGUGUGUGUGUUUGUGCAUGUGUGUGCGCAUGUGUGUGUGUGCGCAUGUGUGUGUGAGUGUGUUUGUGCAUGUGUGUGUUUGUGCAUGUGUGUGUGUGCGCAUGUGUGUGUGUGUGUCUUUGUGCAUGUGUGUGUGUGCGCAUGUGUGUGUUUGUGCAUGUGUGUGUGUGCGCAUGUGUGUGUGCGCAUGUGUGUUUGUAUGUGUUUGUGCAUGUGUGUGUUUGUGCAUGUGUGUGUUUGUGCGUGUGUGUGUGUGCGCAUGUGUGUGUGUGUGUUUGUGCAUGUGUGUGUGUUUGUGCAUGUGUGUGUGCGCAUGUGUGUGUGUGUAUGUUUGUGCAUGUGUGUGCGCAUAUGUGUGUAUGUUUGUGCAUGUGAUGUGUGUGUGUGCAUGUAUGUGUGUGUUAAACUCAGUGUCCGUUUCAGACUGUGUAAAGUAUCUGGCCUUGUAGGGGUUGUUAAUUGAAGUCAGAACUGUAGCCAAUUGAAAUUUUAAUGGUGAAAUUCAGGCAGAAAUUACCAGAGCCGUGACCUGGUUUCAGAAGUUGCCUGUAAAACUUGUAUGGGAUUAAGUGAAGAGAUUUACACAAGGUAAAAGGGGACUCCACGAGCAAACUUGGCUGGGUGCUUCCAAUGCCAAGGGUAAGCUUGUAUUCCUGUCUGCAAUGCCGACUUCUUCCUAAAGACUGACAGGGCUAUUCUCUAGAGAGAGAAUUCUAAGUGAAUUUCACAUUAGAAGCCAAAGUAACUGGCCUUAAAACAGCUGACAGAGGAUUGUUCCAUUCCGCUAUUUUGACCUUAAAUGUGAAAUUCUGCAGUACAGGGCUAGUUCACUGGCUGAGAGCCUCAGAUGGUCCUUGUCAGUCAAUGAACCCUGCACUGCCCAGGGAUUCCUGACACCAUAACUACUACUUACUUUCUUAAUUAUGGUACUUCAAGUGUUCCUUUUAAAUAAAAUAUCAAGUAAUUCAUUUUUAUGCUUUCAAUACUACAAUACAAUAGUAGAAUUUUUUUUUUCAUUUUGGGGACUCCACCCUAUGCAGCACCUCCAAACAUUUUUUGCUUUUUAAACAACAGAUAUUUUUUUGUGUUGAAAUAAAUCAAUUAUAUUAUUAUAUGUUCUUUCAGGUCCACUGACAUUUCAGAGGCAAUAGUGAUCAUUGGUGGCUGUGAUAAAAAGGGCCUCUUAAAAUUGCCAUACACCGAGAGCUACCAUCCCAAUAGUCGACAGUGGACAUCUCUGCCCAGUUUGCCUGGAUACACCAAAUCGGAGUUUGCUGCUUGUGUCUUGAAGAAUAAUAUUUAUAUUUCAGGUAAGAAAGUAAAAUAGCUUCUGCAGCCUUAAAUGUGCCUAUUUCAAACAGCUGGACUUGGUAUGGAACGUACAAACUUUGACACGUAGGACUCAGAGAAUAUUUUCAAAACUAGACCUGUCCCAAAUAGAGACUAAAAUGAAUGCUUAGCAAAUGUUCUUCUCUUAGUAAUAUUUUGUUAAGGAUAUAAUUUGUGUGUUUCAAUCGGAAAACUCACUAAUCUUAAAACAAGUCCAUCUUAGUAUAACCCGUCCGCUAUGUGUCAGAGUUCUUUACCCAUUGUAUCUUACUGGUAUCAGUUUUCAGUGAAAUGUAAUCUAACGUAAGCAGUGUAACUAUGUGUUAAUUGUACAGUUUCCUGAUUAGCUCGAAAAUAGUUAAAGAGUUCCUUUAAAAAAAAAAUUGUGUUUGUGUGUCAGAGUUUUGUAAAUAGUGUUGAUUGACGUCAGGAAAUGUCAUCAUCUGAAAAGUGAUGCAAAGUUCUAAAAUUGGAGCAACCAUCGUGGAAUCUAAUGAAUGAGCAGGGAUAAUCCAAAGGUGACUGCUCCACUUUUACAAUUUGUCACCAUUUUUUGGAUCCAAACACUUUGAUAAAUCUCCCCAUUUUUGUGUCUGUUUAACCAAGUGCUUUCUUCGAGAUGCAAUCUUGUGUAACUCUUAUUGUUUUUCCAGGUGGUCAUAUUAACAGCGAUGAAGUGUGGUUAUUAAACACACAGCUAAGUGUGUGGGUCAAGGUUGCCCCUUUGAACAAAGGUCGAUGGAGACACAAAAUGGUCACUCUGAAAGGAGAAGUAAGUAGCACUAAUAAGACCACUAAAAAGGUUUAGAAGGGAACCGUUGAAAAGCCUCAAUUUAAUAUUGUAGGAUAAGCCUCCCAAAUGAUUGAAUAUUUUUGUAUAAAAUGUUUAAAUGAUUUAAUAUUAUGAAACAUUAUGUAUUGCUAUUUUUGUAAAUAUGCUAUAUCAGUGGUUCCCCAAAAAUACCUUAGACACGACUAGGUAAUCCCUAAAUCCUGGACUGGUUGUGGUACCCUGAGGUCUGGUUUGGGAACCAAUCUGGUAUAUGUUUUAAAAUUUCAAUAUGUUGAAAAAAAAAUUUGAAAAGUUUUGCCAAAAGUUUUGUGGCUAUAACAUCUGAGCCAGUCCUGACCAUCUCAUUAUUUUCAAUGUAAAUGCUAUACUAAGUGUGAGCAGCAGUUACAUUUAGUAAAACACAUGAAUAAAAAUAAUUCCGAUGAAAAAUAUCUGCUUACCAUUUAGCCCCAUUCAUGCGUUUGUAUGAAUGAAUCUAGAAGUGGCCAUGACACAGGCCACCUCAAAGAAAUCAGAACUAAUAACUCUUGUAAUAUGAGUGAGGGUCAGGCGGCAUUUAGUUCUAGACAGCCCAACCGGGUGCCAUCAGUUUGAUAGUCAAAUGGUGUAGAUUGCCUCUGUGAUGGCACAUUUUGUUUAGUGGGAGCUAACCAGGACAAGAUUUUAAAAUUUUGGCCAUUCCUAUAUUCUGUUUUAUCUAAAUAAUUAUGGAGUUAUUCGAUCUAUGGUUCUAGCAUGCUUGUGCCACUUGUAUCUCAAUUAUUUAAGCGAUUUUAUCAAGCUUGCUCGUCAGUGACAAUCGUACAAGGGUCUCAAUGAACAGAGAAUUCCUAUCUCUCUUGGUUCUCAAAGUUUGUCCCUAUUUCUCUUGUUUAUCGAUGCCUAUCAUUGUACCAGAGUUUUUAGAAUUUCUUCAAAAUUGUUUAUAUGAGAAAAUGUGAAUGUGUGUACAUAUUGCACCGUUUAUCCACUAUUACAAAUACGGUUCCACGUAAUAUAAUUUCACCAGUGUUAUGCAUGUUGUGCAGAUUUAUGCCGUGGGUGGAUUUGAUGGAACUCAGCGGUUGUCCACAGUGGAACGUUACAAUUCCUUUAAUAACAGUUGGACGAUGGUCAGUCCUCUCUCGGAGGCAGUCAGCUCAGCAGCAGUCGUAUCCUGUUUGAACAAAUUGUAUGUGAUAAGCGGCGCUGUCGAUGAUUCUGCCAACACAAACAAGGUACUAAAUGACACUGGAACUUGGUCACCCAGAUGUUUGCCUGAUGCUCCUCAAAGCUUUUACUGGGAAAACAAGAAUUUAUUACGUUUCCAUUUACUAGAAAACAUAUGCCCUUUUAUAAGAUAGUUGCGUAACGCAUUCUAGUAAUGUAUUGUAAAUAUUUUGUAAAAAGUAACCAUAUUAUUACGUUUGCUGUUGUGAUCUUUAUAAAGGCUGAUUGGUUAAUUGUUACUUUUGCAAUAUGCUAUGAAUUAAAAUUAGUUUAGUUUAAUGAAGCAAUUGAUGUGUAUAGAUAAUGCCUCUGAAGUCUCACUGCUCAAUUCUCUGCCAUUUAAGAGUUAAAUCACUUUUUUUUUCUGUUUAGGCAGCCCUAGCCACACCUCCCCUGGCUGUGACUGACACAGUUUGCAUUAAAAAAAAAAUGGUUUCACUUUCAAUCAGACAUAACUUACUUUAAAAGUUUUUAUCUCCUGCUCUGGAAAUUGAACUUUAAUUACAUACAGGAGCUAUUAACAGAGCAGGAGAUAAGAAAUUCUAAAUUAAACAGAAUUUGCAAUAAUGGAUGUGUAGACAGUAGAUGAUUCUUUACAGGAAGUGUUUAGGAAGGUUGUGUAAGUCACAUGCAGGGAGGUGUGACUCGGGUUGCAUAAACAAAGUGAUCCAUAAUAGGUUCACAGUAUAAUAAAAGUAGUGGGCACAGUAGGUACAUUAUAGUAUUAUAUCGAAGUGAAGCAGUGAUACACCCUUCAUAACUAAUAUAGGACUCUCCAAAAGGGGAAAAAGGAGGGAGUUAGAUAUGUAUUCUCUAAGUGGAGAACACAUUAACAUACCAGUGUAUAGUACACUUCUAUUUUUUCUCAAGUAGAUAUACAUUAUAAUAUAAAUAAAUAUAUUUGAUAUAAAACUGUACCAUUGACCUACAUUGUCCCUGGAUUCUAAAAAACAAAGGCCUCGGUUUAAUAUUGUUGGAUAAGCUCUCCAAAUUAUGUAAUAUUUUGGGAUAAACUUCUCAAAUUAUGUUUUCAAUAUAUUAACAUUUGAAAAAGAUAUAUAAAAAAUAUGUUAAUAUUUCAAAAAAUAUCAAAAUAUCACAACAUUUUAAAGUUUUUCAUAAUAUUUAAUUAUUUGUUAAUAUUAAAUUGAGGCCAAAGUUGUUAGGAACUCCAAACAAAUUUGAGAGUCUAAAAUGUUUUAUAAAAAAAUAAAAUAAUAAUAAUAAUAAUAAUAAUAAUAAAAAAAUAUAUAUAUAUAUUUGUGUUCGGGGCAUUCUCAUUGGAUAUGAAAAUACUCUGGCGAAGAGGAAUAAAACGACAAAGGAAAUAGUCGGUUGAGGUGUGCCGAAACCGAUGUAUGCUGUAGGCUGGUAAAUUAAGUGGGCCCACAUAGAGGAAAGUAUAGCUAAUGGGAGUGGAGGGUGGGCCUGUUCGUCCAGACCAACGAAGGUAAGUAAGAGAAGGGGGGAGUCCCUUAAGUAGCUCUAUAGCCCCUCCCACAACUUCAGGCCAUGCCUUCCAAUUUGUGUUCAGGGCAUUCUCAUUGGAUAUGAAAAUACGCUGGCGAAGAGGAAUAAAAUGACAAAGGAAAUAGUCGGUUGAGGUGUGCCGAAACCGAUGUAUGCUGUAGGCCGGUAAAUUAAGUGGGCAAAAAGAGAUAAAUCAAAGAUAACAUUUAUUCAGAAAACAUAGUACAUCAUUACAUAUUUAAAUAGACAUCUUAAUGAAAGCUCUCCUGAUCUCUUGGACUGGGUUUGGAAUGUACGUGGUGUAAGCCGAGGACUUCCAGCGACCCAAUGUCUUAAUUACGUGGGCUGGAAUGUCUUGGCUAGAUGCGGUGGAGGCUGCUCCGAUUCUGAAUGAGUGCCCUGAGUAGUUGCUAGGAUUAAGACCAAGUCUGGUGAUAAGCAUACGGACAUAAAGCAUGAAUUUUGCCGUGGUUAGAAUUGCAUCGUGUAGCAUUAGUAGUGGUUUUGUGGUGCGUGUUGAUGUUGUGGCUAAGAAAGCGUUGAGUACUUUCACCAGACACCACUUGUUCCCUGUGGGGUAGUAGGUUAUGUGAACCGGUUCCCCCAUCUGACUUGUUUUGGUCUUAGGUAGGGUCAGAACGUAGUAGUUGGUGUGUUUCCUGAGGUAGGAGGUGAGGAGGCACCCUUGGCUAUGGUGCUGGCCACUAAUGGUGAAUUCUCUUGGUCUAAGAAACCCAUAAAACGCUAGAUAAAUGGCGGUUUUAAUGACCACAUUCGUAUGGGGUUCAAAUGGUGCCUGGUCGAGAAGGUCAGACAAGAAUUUGAAUAUUUUAAUGUCAAUAGCAAGUCUCUUGGGUGUUGCGGGGCCGUCUGCUUUUGCUAUGCCUUUCAGUAGUGUUCAGAUGGGGUAAGAAGUUAAGAAUCCUUUGUGGUUAGGGAAAGAGCAAUACAUGUGGUGUUGUAGCCCCGUGAGGUACAGCUUAAUAGUAUUGUGUGAGAAUUUAAAUUUAAGGUGGCAAAAGGAUGCAAAAGCUAUCAGUGAAGAAACCUCAAACCAGUUGGCCAGGUGAUGGUCAGACAAUUGAAAAGCUCUGUGAUACGCGUGUUGGGUGCUGGUGGAUAAGGCUAAUUUGGUGAGAACGUGGCUGUGCUGAAGUAGUUCGUCUACUCCAUGAUAAGAUCUUGGAAAGUUGGAACUGGGGUUGCUACCCGAGCUGCCGAGGGUAGGGACAGUCUGAAAGCCUGAAAUUGAAAGCGAGAGAGUUGGUCAGCUGCCGUGUUGUAUAUGCCGGGAACGUGAGAGCAUACAAUGUGGAACUGAUGGGUAGCCGCCAGCCAUGUAAGUUUCCUAAGGAAACUCAUAAUCGCCAAGGAGGAAGAGCGACCCUUAUUGAUAAUGUGGCAUAUUGCCAGAUUGUCAGAAAAGCAGCGUACGGACUGACCUUUCCACAACUUACACCAAGUGACUGCUGCAGCAACUAUCAGGUAUACUUCAAAUAGGGCUGAGUUAGUGUGAAAACCCUCAAUGUCCUGAGUUUCUGUAGGCCAGGUCCCCCAGAGCCAUUUUGUGCCGAAAAUGGCCACAUAUCCCGCAGAUGAUGCCGCUUCUGUCCAAAUGACCGGUGACUGUGAGUCAAUCUGCGGGAGGAACAUGCUCCUCCCAUUCCAGUCCGAGAGGAAUUUGUACCACAUCUGGAGGUCAGCGGUCGCAGGACCGUCCAAGGAUAUGCGGACAUAGUCAUUGGAGAAAGUGGGGAACAGGGCGAGGAGCCUAGAAAUGAAAGCCCUGCUCUGGGGGAUAAUGCGCAUGGCGAAAUUUAGUGAACCCAAAAGUGAUUGUAGUUCUUUACGAUUGCAAGACUCCCUGUGCGUGUAGUGGCUAAUGUCGUGUAGGAUGUCAACGAUCUUACCUCUAGGGAGGCUGGCCAUCAUUGUUGAUGAAUCCAGCAGAAUACUAAGAACGUUUAUGAUUGUGUCUGGACCUUCGGUUUUAGUGGGUGACACGGGGACACCAAGGGAGGUGAAUAGUUUGGUUGCUUUGUCUAGACUACGUGGGGGGGUGGAAUUGGAUUAGAUGAAGAGAAAAUCAUCUAAGUAAUGGAUCACGUUUGGGCACCUGCAGGUAUUUAAGCGGAGUCAACACAAAGCUUCUGCGAACGUGUCAAAUAUCCUCGGACUACUCUUGGCCCUGAAGGUGAGCUUUGUAAAGAAGUAGUAGGGUCCUUGCCACUUAACGCCAUGCAGGUGCCACAAAGAGGGGUGAAUAGGUAAUAAUUUGAAGGCAUUUACAAUAUCAGUCUUGCUGAGCCAAGCCCCCAACCCUGCAGAUCUGAUAGCUGCAAUUGCUUCAUCAAUCGUGGAGUAUUGUAGGGAGAAUUCUUCAGAUGGAAUCAAUGAGUUUAGGCUGGGGAUGGCUCAGGAGGGGGCUGCGGAUAAGUCAAUGAUGAGUCUCAGUUUCUCAGAACUUUUGCUGGAAACCAGCCCGAUAUGGUUAGUUCUCCAGCUGGAAAAGGGGGGGUUAACAAAAGGCCCAAUGACAAAUCCCUGAUCAACUUCAUGUUGUAACAACGUGGUGACCGCCGUAGUGUGGUUAGUGGCAGACUGUAAAUUGUGACACUCUAUUACCCCAGUUGGCAUGUAAAUGAGCCCUGUGUGAAAACCUUGGGUGAGGCCUGUACAUAAGAAUUCCACAAGGUGUGUGGAGGGGUGAGUGGACAGCAUACUUGCGAGUAAAGGAAUGUUCACUGGAGACAAAUAAGGUUUCUGGUACAUUUUAUUCGGGCACAUGGAUUUCGCAUGUGCCCUGAAAUAAUGUGAGCACACCUGUAGUAAGCGGCAGGCGCUGUAACCGCAGGAGCCCUCAUUGAAAUUAUUGCAAAUCUGAGAUUUGCCUAGAUACACUACUGGACGACCCAGUUUGUCUCUAGUCUGUUUCUCAGCCUUUGGGGGGUGCUGUAAGGAUGAGCCGGGAGCGCUGUCCGGACUGAGCGGGCAGAAAUUGGCUGCGUGAGCGGGUGAUGUACAUAUGGCACAAGCUGGUGUUUUAAGCCCUGCGAAAUGUCUGAGGAACAGUUGGCUCCAAUCCAUCUGGAUGCCGUACUGAGACAAUGUUGCAGACACUUUUGAUGAAAAGGACUUGUGGUAAUCGUAAAAAGUAUAGCCACCAUACUUAUUACCAAGGUCCACCAGCUUAUGCAUAUAUAGAUCGAGUUCCUCCCUCCUAUGGGGAUGAGCCAUGCAUAGAAUAUCUCUAAAGAUACCGAAGGCCAGAACGAAAUCAGGAAUGGCAAUUUUCUUACUGAGUUUUUAAAACCACCGAGAUGUCCCCGUAGUCGUAAGACCGGUUUUCCACGAUAUCCUGGGAGGCAAUGAGCAGUGAGACUAAGUUAACGUCCUUGCCUUCCAGGAUGUCCUUUUUUAGAUUUGCCGGAACCAUGUGGGCAGGAUUAAUAACGUGGGCGGCUGCCUUAGUGGCUAUGGAAUUACCCGUUAUUGCUGUGGGUAUGGCCGGGAUUAAUUCAGAGAGAGGGCCCGGAGGCUGUGCGGGGAAGCUACGGGCUUACAGCCUAUCCAGCCUGUCGUUGACCUUCCCCAUAGAAGAGAUUAAGGCGGCAACCAUAACAUGGAGAGUCGGAUCUUGAGAGCUGCCUGUGCCUUCCCCUGCGUCUGUAUUAACGGUAUUGGUUCUUAGCAAUUUGAACAGUUCUGCUUUCCUGGCAGUAGCCGGGAAAGGAACACUGCGUUUACGUAAUUCUGCAGUGUUGCGGGGGAUAGUCCAUGAUCUGAUGGACAAAGGACUUCCCGUGUUGCCCUUGCGGGUUGGAGUAAGUGACCUAGCAGGGGUGCUAGGGAUUGACAUAUCCUCACCAUGGUCUGGGAGUAGGGACAUACUGCAAAAAUAUAAUAGACAUGUUGGUAACCAGGGUUGGGAAUUGACAGGUGGCUAGCUAGUGCCAGAUGGCAAAAGAUUAUUCUAGGUUUGUGACAGGUGAGGCCCUGCUAGUGCCAAGUGGCUAUAGAGGCUCUAUCUAUGAGUUGGCGCGAGGGGCGUGGUAACCUAUCUGGUGAUGGGACGUUGGCCUCUCCAUGCGUGUGGAGGGGGCGGGUGGCAUUUGGCGGUGACUGGUGUUGCUCUCUAUAUAAUUUGCGAGGCGGCUAACUAUGAUUUGGCACGAGGGGCGUAUAGUACCUCGAAGUGGAGGAUGGGAGUUGGCCUCGCGGACCGCUAGGAUUAAGGGGCAGGGAAAUAACUAAAACGGCCAUGUUGAAAAUAACGUGAAAAUCCACAUACCUGCAGAAAAAUGAGCACUGGCUUCUGUAUAGGAGAAUUCAGAGGUCUCUUGAGUGGGGGGGGUUAGCUUAGGUGACCCGUCCGAGGGUAUUCGGGUUCCUGGGGGUAUGAGAAUUUAGAUAAUGUACUCUAAUGUGGAACAUAUACAUAAGAUGAAUAAUUGACGUAGUAAGUGCUUCUGGGGUGAUUGCAGCGAGUACUGUCCCCACAAUGUACACAAUGCCACCGGUAGGCCAUCUACUUUAACCUUAACCGUGGUAUAAUUAUCUUAAGACUUUAACGUUGCUACUAUACAUGCAGAUAUCUCAUAACAUAUCUAAUCAGCAAAAGGUAAACAUAUAUUAUAUAAACUAUCAUGUUUAUCAAGCAUAUCAUACCAUAUAUAUUUAACCAGCGUUCUAACUAGCAGUAUUUGUAUACAUAACAGCAAAGUAUUGAAUAAUAAAAGUAUUGAAAUGGGAAGUGUAUGUUAUUGUAAUCAUGAAGGCUGCAACUGGCUGAACUAAAGGUCAGCCAGCAACAGAAACGUACCAUGUCCCCCUUUAAAUUGUGCAUGGCAGGUAGACUGGGUCUUACACUGAACCCAAUUAUUUGCCCCCUACCCUGUGUGUUGCCGGCGGGAACUGGGACCCCUUACGAUAUGGGGUCUGUGAGGCCUGUUCCCGCCCGUGUCGUUGUGUUUUGUCCCCCCCCCCCUUCAAACCAUCAUUACCUUCCCCCUUAAGACCGGGUAUAGCCGGCGGCCGGGAACAGGGACUCCUAACGGUAAUGGAGUCUCUGUACUUGCACCCGGGCCAGCUGUGCUGUUACCCAGUAGGAGCCAUGCUUACCGGGGGGAGAGGCUGGUCGGGUUGGUGGCCUUAGAGAAGGUAGGGCCGGGUUGGAGAGCCGGUCCGGUUCUGGGGCCGGUGGUGCCGGGCUGAAAGUGCCGGUCCGGCUGUGGAGCCGGCGGCACUCAGCGUGUGACGUAGGAGGAAUGCGCCGCGUCUCACCGGAAGUGACGCCACGAACCAGGAAGUCGGGAGGAACGGAUGCUGGCGAGCCUGUUCGUCCAGACCAACGAAGAUAAGUAAGGGAAGGGGGGAGUCCCUUAAGUAGCUCUAUAGCCCCUCCCACAACUUCAGGCCAUGCCUUCCAAUAUAUAGUACAUCAUUUUCCAUACUAAUAUAAUUAGAUAUGGUAAUCAAACAAACAUUAAAGGAAUACUAAAUGCACUAUGGCUAUUUAAUCUGUUUAAAUAGUACCUGGAGCCCUCUACCGCUGUUCCUCCAGUCAAUGUUAUACCAUUUUCAAACAGUUUAACACUAAACAGCCUGACCCCUACUGGAGGUGUGGCUAACAUAGAGAUUACACACUUCCUUGUAGCCAUACCGAUUUAUACCAGUAGUGGGCACUAUGAUAGGAUGAAAAGGGUCAGCCGACACUCUCAGCCAAUCACAUCCAUCCAUAGUGCUUACUUAUUACCCAAAGCAGUACAGAGUGAAUGGACUACUGGGGAUUCUUGGUUAGCAUUAAACCAUAAUCAAAAGUUUAUGCAUUAAUCAAAUUGAUAAAACACCACUGUGUAGAUUUAAAAAAACCAAACAGAUUAGAAAAAAAAUGCCAAAACCCAAGCAUACUUAAAGGCUGGGAUAGUGAAUAUGGGAGACUAUCUGGGAUUAUUCAGUAGAUCAGGAAUUGUUAGGAAUUGAUUAGGUUUUACAUCAUUGAUAAAAUGUCAUUUCACACCAUAUUUAUUUUUACAUAGAAGAAGGUAUAUCGACUUAAGACCAUCAUAGUUCACCAUAUACCAUUCCUCAAUAGAAACUACCACGGAAUUUAAGAUCAAGUAAAUUAAUUGAAAAAUAUUCUCAUUCUUAGCUCUUCUACAUUUAUGGUAGUUUGAUCCACAAUUUACAAUUUCCUGGUCGAUUCCUUCCUGAGAUAAUUGAAAAUAAUAAUGAUUAACGUGGUGAUGAAUUGUCUGUUUAUUGAAUGGGACAUGUCCAUAUUCCCCAUUGACAUUUACAAUCCGUGCAGGUUAUCAAAUAAAUCUCAUUUAUUGGACUGCAGUUAACGUACUCUUCAUAUCAGAUUAGAUAUUUCAAGUUUGUGAAAAUGCAUGUUAAAUUAAAAAGUAAAGCUAUUAUUAUUGAAUAAAGUCAGAACUUGAAGAGGUCUCCAUGCCAGAAGCAGAUAUCAAUAUUCCACCUACAAUACGUAAAGGGACACUAUAGGCAGCUAGACCACAUCUUCUCAGUGAAGUGGUCUAGGUGCAGUGGAAAGCAUAUUAGUAUUGUAAAAUAUGACCGUUUUGUAGAUACAAAAAAUUAAUUUUGUGGGGAGCCUUUCGUUUGCUUUGGCGCACGAACGGUUAGCUCUCCCUAUUGACCCAUAGCCCGUUCGUGCACUUGUGCUUGUCUGUACGUGCAUUUGAACUCACGAACAGACAUUUGAAUUGGCACUCUAUUGUAUCCGUAGGAGGGGUGGGACUUCUGCGUUCCAGAUGCCCCUCUUGCUUGUCAACUUACUGGAAGUUGUCUUUCUGCGCUCUUACUAGCGUGUACACUAGGCAAUCUUUUCAUUUAUCCUUGUUUUAUGUAUUUAUUUUAUUAUUUUUUUUAUUUUUAUUUUAUUUUAACUUUCGUUAUUGUGCUCUCUCCUCCCUUUUGGCACUUAGGGCUAAGGUAUGGAUGACCUAAUUUGGUAUAUUAUGCGUGAUUUAUAUUGUUUUGUAUUUAUCAAUUUGUGUUAAUGAUUUGCACUUAAGUGAAUUAUUGUUUAAUUUCUUGUGGUAUUGUUUGUUAUAUAUGCACUUAUGUUGGGUUUGUGGUGUUAGCUUGACAAAGACCUCUGUGAAGGUCGAAACGUUGCUGCUCUUUUUGCUCCAUUAAAUUCUGCCUGCGGCUUUUACACAUGAGUGCCUGGAGAUUUAUUUUUUGUACUUAACGUGUUGGGAUUGCUGGUCCUGCUCCAGAGCACCUGUGGCUACUAAAGGGAUUGAGUGCGGUUCCUACAACUAUCUUUGUUUUGUAGAUACAGUCAUGUUUUCACACACCUCAAGUGGUUGUCUUCAAUGUCAAGUUUAAUCAAAUGCUGAACAUGUGGUAGGUGGAUUGGGAGGCUACAAUGACAGUGUCUUGGCACUGGAAAUAAUGUAACUAAAAACAUAUUGCUGUUAGAUUCUUGUUUAAGGAAAUGGUGGGUGUACAGAGGUCACUGUGAUAGUAGGGGACUUAUAGUCCCGAAAAAAAUAAUAUUGUUAUCACGACUAAAGGUUCCGUCAAAUGUCCAUGCAGAAUGGGCUCUUAUCUAAAAUGUGCUCAUGUGAAUGCACCUAUGUAAUAUUGAAUGUACAAGUAAUCAAUAUAUCUCCAUCUAUUUAAGGUUCAGUGCUACGAUCCUGAGGACAAUAAAUGGGCAUACAUGGCUCCAUCUCCGCUUUGCCAAAGGUGCAUCAAUGCCGUUGAGUUAGAUGGAAUAAUUUACGUUGUUGGAGGAAUGCAGAAUACAAUAUUCAGUUAUAACCCAGUAAAUGACACUUGGGGUAAUGCAACUAAUCUCCCUGGACCACUGGUGAGUGAUAGACACAGAUUCAUGGGGCAUUAUUAGCCAGGAGAGGACUCAAGAUAAAUGCUUGAUCUGUGUGUUUGCCUGCCUGUCAUUGGAUGUAUACAGUGUAUAAGCAGAGAACAUAUUGCUUCUCCUACACAAAAAUACCAAUAGGAUUUACUAACAUGUUAAUAUUAUUUAUAUAUUGCCAACAGUUUCCACGGUGCAGAUUAGAAACACUAUAGAGUCAGUAACACAAUCAUGUAUUCCUAAUCCUAUAGUGUUAAAAACACCAUCUUGCCCCACUAAAUAUUGUACAUUUGUACCUUUAUUUCAGUCUGCUGCUACUGGCUAUGCCCCUGAUCUGCCUGCUUGGCUGACAUCAUCAGAAGUGAUUCUCUCAGCCAAUCACAAUGUUUUCCCAUAGGAAAGCAUUGUAUUAGCUGAGAUUGUCAAGGAGGCAGAUCAGGCAGAGCCAGUACAAGUCAAACACAGCCCAGGCCACUCAGCAUCUGCUCAUAGAGAUGCAUUGAAUCAAUGCAUCUGUAUGAGGAAAGUCAGGAUUUCCAUGCAGAGAGUAGAGACACUGAAUGUCAGUCACACUGUGCAGCACUGACCCAGGAAGCACCUCUAGCAGCCAUCUGAGGCGUUGCCAGUGGAGGUAUCACUAGUCUGUAAUGUAACACUGCAAAAAGCCUAAAGGGAAUUAUUAUACUCAUCAGAGCAAAUACAAUAAGCUGUAGUUGUUCUGGUCACUGUAGUGGUACUUUAUGUGUUUUUUAAAACUUUUAUUUCUUCAUGUUGUCCGUCAUAUGUGCAGUUAUAGCGUUCAAAACAAUAGGAGUCCUUUUUACACAAUUAUUAGUCUUGCUACCAAAUUAAUGUAAAUUCAUUAUUUAUUUAAUUCCUUUCUGUCUUGGCAUUUUUUUUUGUAUUGAUUAAUUUUUAUAAUUUAUUAUAAAUGGUUUUUUUUGCAGGAAAGUUGUGGUUUGACGGUUUGUGGUGGAAAUAUUCACAUCUUGGGAGGAAGUGAUGAGAAUGGAGAAGGAACAGACAAAGCAUUUGUUUUUGACCCCAAAACAGGGGAAAUUCAUAUUGAACUACCCUUGCGGCGUUGUAUCAGCUAUCAUGGUUGUGUUACCAUCCUGCAUAAUGCAGGCGCUUGGUAA